AUGGGCUGCAACAAUUCCAAAACAGUUGCAAAGGUAUACAUUUCGAAGCUGAUGAUUUUUUUUUUGGGUUUCGAACUGCUUUUCUUCGGAAAAAGCCAGACAGAGAAGCUUUUAAUGAAAAAAAAAACUUUGGGUCACUUAAAACGUUUACGCAGGUGAAUGACGUGGCCGCAGCUGCAACUCCCGCCAAAGCAGAAAACGAAGAACCAGUUCAGAAGGUGGACCUUUUCCCACACUUUUGCAUUCUCAUUAAUUGUACGCUAUGGUUGAUCUACUCAAAUUUCAAUAUAAAAUGACUUUCAAGUUAAAAAAACCAUUUUUCGAAGCUUUUCUCUGGAAUUUUUAUGUUUGUUGUUUCGUGUCUUCUUACGGUUUAUUCUUUCAUCUUUCACAUCUUCUUUUCAAAAGCAUUAUAUCUUUCGAAGCUUUGAUGUUUUUCAUUUAUUUUUUUAUUUUUCAGAAAGCGGAUACCUCAAAAUUAUCGCGAACUUCUUCUUUCCAAGAGCCCGCCAACGACGAGUUCACCAUCAUCCGGCUGCUUCUUCUUGGUAUUAUUUUCACCCCGAAAUCUCCUUUUUUUUCACCGAAAAAAUCUAGGAAUUUUUGUUUUGUGGGUAAUUGAGUUAAAAAUUGUAUUCAGGUGCGGCUGAGAGUGGAAAAACAACGCUCCUAGAACAAAUACGUCUUUUGUACAAACAGGUGAGAGAAAAAAUUCCAUCAAAAAUAAGGAUUUCGAGUCUUAUUGAUCAUGAGGUCGUUAAGAAUUUUUCCGAUGCGGAGAUGUUCCAUCGGCGGGCGUUCAUCUACAAUACGAUACUGCAGUCGAUGCGGAUGAUGAUCAAAAUGAUGGACGAGUCCGGAAUCAGCUACGCGGACCCGAAGAACCAAGUUCUUUGGAGCUUUUUUCCGGAUAAAGAAAAGUUCUCUAGGAGAACGCAAAGAGGAUAAUGGAAGAGGGCGAAACGCAGUACGGACUUUUCCCCCAGGAAUACGCCGACCGAAUGGUCAGCGUCUGGAACGACGACGCCGUCCAGAAGCUCUACGCCCGGCGGAGCGCCUUUAACCUCAACGACUCUACGAAAUUGUAGGCCUAGAAGAACUUUUUCUUGCUUUGCUAGAAGUCCAAAGGAAAUCGGUAGCGACGUCCGCAACAUCGCGUGCACGGCUAAUGUAGACAGUUGUCUGUAUACCGAUCCAAAACAUUUUUAAAAAUGAAAGGCGGGAAAGUAGAAUCGCGUCUUUGUUCUAAAGUUGUCACAUCUGCGAUUUUUUUGAGUACACCAUUCGAUUCGCAAAGAAAAACUGUAUAAGAUACUGCUUUCGCCUGAAACCCCAUUUUUUACUGCCUCUAUGCCUUUAAGGAUUUUGGAGAGAGAAGCAUCUAGAGCUGAUUACUCAUCACAUAGUUCUGUUUUUUGGAAAAUUAGAGCCUUUAGAGGCUCAAUAAGUAUUUUUAACAGAAUAAAUGAAGCUUCUGAAAAGGCAUGAGAAGUAAUGUCACAAGUACUUUUUUCUGAAAACUUCCCGAUUGAGCUGGAUUUUCUCAAAAAGCUUGAGAAGUAACUGAACACGGUUUUUCAGUUUUCUCGACAGCUUCGACAGCAUCAACCGACCAGACUAUCAGCCUUCGCCGAAGCAUCUCAUAAUGUCAUACGUCCCCACGAUCGGGGUCCAGAACGUCAUAUUCACAGCCAACAACCGGAGCUUCCAGUCCGUUCUCCGUAACAUUCUCGACCCGAAAUCGGGAAUUUCUCAGAUUAUUCGACAUCGGAGGCCAGAGAAUCGACCGCCGCAAGUGGGCGACCAUGUACGACGGCAUCGACGCCAUUUUCUUCUGCCUCGCGAUUUCCGAGUACGACCAGACGAUGAACGAGGAUUUGGUCACGGCAAGUCUUCCUUUUCGAGAGAAAAAUACCCUUUUUGACUUUCAGAAUCGGUUGACAGAUUCCUUGAAUUUGCUCCAGAAAAUUAGUUCCGAGCCAAAGUUUUUGGUGAGCCUGUAAUACAACAUAUGAAAUAAUUGUUUUCUUUUUAGAAAAACUCCGAUAUUUUUAUUUUUUUGAAUGAAGUUGAUGUCUUUUGUGAAAAACUGAACGAGAUUCCAUUGCAGAACUUCCAGGAUCAGUACCACGGUAUUUCGCAUUAUUUUCUUUUUAUAUGUUGCAUUUUAGGGAAUUCAUCGGAAGAGGCGCUGAAAUUUAUUGAAGACAUGGCUAUACAGGUUUUUUUUAUUAUUUUUGUUUAAAGAAAUCUAUAGCUUUUUCUAAAUGAAAAUGAGAAAUUUUGCAUUGAGUGGUGUUCUUAAGUUUUACCUCCACUCUUGGUGAUAUUGUAGAUUCCGUUAAAUGAGAAUAUUUCAUAUUGAAAUCAGAUCUGAAAGCGUGUUUUGAAGGUAGUUUGCCGGAUGGGCCUGUGAAAAAGGAUAGCUUUAUGAUGGGGAGUAGAUUUGACAGAAUGGCUCUCCAAAAGCUCUCUAUUCAUGAAUUUAGUACCAAUCGUUUCUCAUUUCGAGUUAUUAUCACAAAAAGUGGCCUUCUCCGCGUAUCCCUUUUCGUUGGAAAAUUUUUUUUUAUUUUCUCUCGUUUUUUUCUUUGAAAAUGUCUGUUUUCUGUUCGAAAAGUCAACAAAUAAGAAAAGAAGGUUCUUUCUGAUCUUAACAGAAAACGGAAGUUUUUUGAGUCAUAACGAAUGCCUCAAAUAUUUGGGAAGAAAUUCAGGCGAUGGCUGGACGAGACGAGUAUCUGUACAGUAUUUACCGGACCGUUUGUAUUGAUACCGAAAUGAUGGCCGGCAUUUUGGGAAACGUUUUCGAGGAGAUCCUCGAGAGAAAAUUAUGA